UGCCACGCUAUCUGUCCCUCCUGCUGUCCACAUGGUGCUGUGUGAGUCCACCAUGAGACAGCCAGGCAGUCUGGGGACGUUUUGAAAGGAAGGUCCAACUGAGAAGCACCAGGAGGGACGUAAAGGACGACUUCUCCGCCCUGGAUGAACGUUGUGACCCCGAGGCCGAGGCUUGGAGAGGACCGGGACUCUGUGGACCAUGCAGGGCUGCGAGGGGGGGGCCAGGCUGCGCCACUGGCUCACCCUGCUCUCCGGGAUGCUGGAGUGCCUGUGCUUCGCCGGCGUGGUGUUCGGAUUCGCCUCCCUGGUCUUCGUGCUCAAGGAAGAGGGAUAUUUCAGCGACCUGUGCGUCAGUCAGACAGCAAACGGCACAGGCUGCAGUGAUCAGGACGAGCGCUUCUCCCUGGUCUUCACCAUCGCCUCCUUCCUCAACAACUUCCUCACCCUGAUCAACGGUUUCGUGUUCGACCACUUCGGCACCUUGGUGACCCGGCUGCUGGGAGUAUCUUUGUACACCACUGGGACUCUUCUUGUAGCUUUCUCCAAUGCAGCGUUGUCAGGUCUGCUGUUUCCGGCUUUGGCCCUGAUUGCCGUCGGAGGAAUUCUCCUCCUUGUCACCAACAUGCAGGUGGGAAACCUGUUCGCCGCUCAUCGCUCCACCAUCAUCACCCUCUACAACGGCGCCUUCGACUCGUCCUCGGCCGUGUUUCUCAUCAUUAAGAUCCUGUAUGAACAUGGAAUCUCUCUGCGCUCCUCCUUCCUCGCCUUGUCCGCCUGCAGCGUGAUUCACGUCCUGCGAACCUUCCUGCUGAUGCCCAGGAGCCACAUCCCCUACAGCCCGCCUCAGGACUACACAUACGGAGUGACUUGUAGAAAGAGCAACUCUUACAACGUGGAGCGUCUGGAGAGGAGCAGACAGGAGUCCGGCGGGAGGAACAUCAGGACACAGGAGGACGAGACGGAGGCGCAGGACUCUGGAAAAGAGGACAGCUUCCGGAGCUGCGUCCUGUCCUGGUUCUUCCUGUGCCAGCUGCUGUGGCUGUCCGUCAUGCAGCUGAGACACUACUUCUUCAUCGGCACGCUCAACACCAGGCUGAACCGGCUCGCCCACGGCGACCCCGUCCUGGUGAGCCAGUACACCAACGCCUUCGCCAUGACGCAGCUGUGCGGCGUGCUGUGCGCCCCCUGGAACGGGCUCAUCAUGGACCGCCACAAGGGAAGACCCCUGGCCCCGGGCGAGACAGAGAGGGAGGCGGACCUGCGCUCCUCCUGCCUGUCGCUCGUCCUCACCUCGCUGCAGUGCCUCCUCUUCUCGGUGUGCGCCUCCGUCCCGUACCUGCCGCUGCAGUACCUCACCUUCGUCCUGCAAGUCCUCAACCGCUCCUUCCUGUACGGGGGCAACGCCGCCUUCAUCAGCAUCGCGUUUCCGGCCCGUCACUUCGGGAAGCUGCACGGUAUGGUCAUGUCCCUGUCGGCCGUCUUCUCCCUGCUGCAGUAUCCCUGCCUCGCCCUGGUCAAAGGCGUCCUCGGAGGAGACCCCCUCUUUGUGGACGUGGCUCUGAUCGUCCUCAAUCUGCUGGUCUUCGUCCAUCCCGUCUACGUCUUCGUCCACUGCAGGAGGCAGCGCCGCCUCCGAGAGAAGACGAGCCGGGCGGAGGGCCAGGCCCACUCCCCCACGGCCGAAGCGAAACUAUGAAGAGACUUCUUCAAUGAAUUAAAGCCCAUAAUUUACAAUGUGUCAGUAGUGUUAAAAAAUGUUCCAUCUAUGAUCAUCAGAGCAUUUCACCAAUAAUGCGACUGAAGCAGCAUGAAAGAAUGUUACAGUGCUGAUCAUUUUAUGAAGGUUUUUGCAGAUCUCUUGCAACUGAAACAUGAAAAAUGAUCGAUCAUGGGUUUUUCAGUUUUGACGCUUUUUGUUCUGCUCCAUUCAGAAUGGUCAAAAUUAUGCCGUUAAUGUCCAUUAUCCUGCAGCAGCUUGUCUGUUAGAGCUCAGAUGGUAAAAUUUUUUUUGUAAUGCUGAAAAUAGAUCGAACUUUAAAAAAAAAAGAAGCGCUAGUGUUGUUUUUUAUUGUUUUUUU